AAGGCUGAAGACAGGCUGAUGGGCUCAGUUGGUAGGCUGCAUUAUCUCACCAUGAAUGCUGAAAAUCCGACGCCUGGAGACCUGGCUCUUGCUCCCCUCAUCACUUGCAAACUCUGCCUGUGCGAACAGUCUUUGGACAAGAUGACCACACUCCAAGAAUGCCAGUGCAUCUUUUGCACAGCUUGCCUGAAGCAGUACAUGCAGCUGGCAAUCCGAGAAGGAUGUGGAUCUCCCAUCACUUGCCCUGACAUGGUGUGCCUAAACCAUGGGACCCUGCAGGAAGCUGAGAUUGCCUGUUUGGUACCUGUGGAUCAAUUUCAGCUUUAUCAGCGGUUAAAAUUUGAACGAGAAGUUCACUUGGACCCCUACCGAACGUGGUGUCCUGUCGCAGACUGUCAGACAGUGUGCCCCGUUGCAUCAGGUGAUCCCGGACAGCCUGUGCUGGUGGAGUGCCCUUCUUGCCACUUGAAGUUCUGCUCAUGUUGCAAGGAUGUUUGGCAUGCAGAGGUCUCCUGUAGAGACAGUCAGCCUAUUGUCCUACCAACAGAACACGGGGCCCUCUUUGGGACAGAUGCAGAUGCUCCCAUUAAGCAGUGCCCAGUUUGCCGGGUUUACAUCGAACGCAACGAAGGCUGUGCUCAGAUGAUGUGCAAGAACUGCAAGCACACAUUUUGCUGGUACUGUCUCCAGAACCUGGACAAUGACAUUUUCCUCAGACAUUAUGACAAAGGGCCGUGUAGGAAUAAGCUCGGCCACUCAAGAGCCUCAGUGAUGUGGAACCGAACACAGGUGGUCGGGAUUCUUGUAGGGUUGGGCAUCAUUGCUUUGGUGACUUCACCCUUGCUGCUCCUGGCUUCCCCAUGUAUAAUCUGUUGUGUCUGCAAGUCCUGUCGGGGCAAGAAGAAAAAGCAUGACCCAUCUACAACCUAAAGAGCUCUGAUGUGUCCGUGUGCCACAGAUGUCUUAUACGUAAGAGACAACACAGUGAUAAAACCCCACUUAGUGAACUCACCUCCUUCUUCUUGCCAAAUUUUGGAAGUGCCUCUGUGUCCAGACUUUGAACUUGCUUGCCCACCUGCAGCAUCUGAAAAGGCCAAGCACUGGUAUUUGUGUUCCUUUGUAAAGAGAAUCAGGUUCUGCAGUCCAGGCUGUGUCUGUGGAGCAGGUCAGGAGCUCUGGGUUCUUGGAGAGGAAUUAACGCAUCAUCAUUUUAUCAUCUGAAAGAUCCCACUGGACUAUUCAACUUCCAGCCAUAUUCAAGGAGCCUGAGUGGACAUUCAGUGUAAUAAAGGUGUUGUCAUGGUUGGUGACAUACAUGAUGAUUGAGAAGCCAGAACCUGAUCUGUGUUGAUUUGACCACCAUGGGAAAUGUGGGAGAAAACCCACGGAUAAGAUUAUAUCAGGGAAAAUUCUCAUAAGAGCGAUAACACAGCUGCUUAUCUUAGGAGUCGAUAUGGUGGUUCUGCCUCUGCUGGCUACUGGGUGUGCUUCCCGACAUUCCCACAGUGACUUGGCAGAGACACAAUAGGUUUUUCCUUGUGUGAUCUCAGCUUCAAGCAGGAGAAACUGCUGUGCAGAGGGAGUUGUCCCCUCCCAGUAAAAGGAUUUCAGCAUAUAAAACAAUGUGGUCUAAUUUAGCCUCUCUCCCUUGGCAAGUGUAACUUGUUUAAGGUGAUAAACUCUUCUCUUACAGCCAGUAGCUGCAGUCUUGUUUUACGUGAACUAUAUUAGUGGAGUGGCAGAGGUUCAAAACCUUCAUCAUAGAUAACAAAGACCUUUGUUGAGCUCUGUAUUCAUACACCCAACAGAUUUAGAAUUGGACCGUAAAAAUACACACUAAGAGUAAAUAUUAAAGUCUAUAUGUUCAUCUAGAAUCCAUAUAACUUGGGGACUACCUAAAAUUACUAUCCAUUGGGCAUGCAUGAAUAUACACACAAAAUAAUAUUGUGUAUUAUUACACACAGUAGUACACACAAAAUAAAUGUUUAUGUAAAAACUAUUCUAUAUUCUGUGACUAAUACGAUUUAUUAUAAAUCAACCUGAAGAUU